GUGAACUACAUAAGGUGUGUACUACUUCCUGUACUAACACUGAGCACUGGCACUGUGCUUGUGCAGGUUGGGACUCUCCACAACAGCUCAUCCCAGCUGUGUUUGACCCACUGAGUCAGUGGAGAGCCAUUCUGUCUGCUGCCACGAACACUAAACAGUAAAACAGUCACUGAUAGUGUUUAACCCUGGUUUGAGUCCUUAGAUAUGCAACAGUAUGGCAUGCUAGCCCCUGCCUGAAGUUCCCCCCACAUCACACUGGUUUGUUAGCAGCUGCUCAGCGAUGACAGUGCACACACAGGCCUCUGUGGACCCGCCGGUCUCUGGGACAUUUAAUCUUUAAAGGGCCAAACUGGACAGCUGGGUGUGUUUGUGCUGUGUGGGAGUGUAUGUGUGUGCUGUAUAUGCAUUCUCUAGCACAUCCACACACUACUAGACCCACUAGCCACACACUAAGACUGAGGGACCAGAGGACAUCUACUUUCCUAGCUGUCACAUUUUUAUUAAUUAACAGUUUCAGAGUACACUGCUUCUUCACUCCUUAAGAUAGUUUUAACUGACAAAGGUUGUGGAGCUUCUGCAGCCACAGGACACUUUCUCAUCUACAAGCCUUCACAGCUUCUGUCUGAGGCGUGUCUGCUGUCCUUCCGCCAUGGGUGCGUUCAUUGCCAAGAUGCUGCUUCCUACAGUCAGCAGCCUGGUGUUCCUGCCUACAGCCAGUGUGGCCGCCAAGAGGGGCUUCCACAUGGAGGCCAUGGUCUACUUCUUCACCAUGUUCUUCAUCGCGAUCUAUCAUGCAUGUGAUGGACCAGGCCUCUCCAUCCUGUGUUUCAUGAGAUAUGAUAUCCUGGAGUAUUUCAGUGUUUACGGCACAGCUCUGUCCAUGUGGGUCACACUUAUAGCUCUGGGUGACUUCGAUGAACCCCAGCGCUCCAGUAUAACCAUGUUUGGAGUUCUGACCAUUGCUGUGAGGAUCUACCAGGAUCGCUGGGGCUAUGGGAUCUACUCUGGACCCAUCGGAUCGGCUGUCUUCAUCAUCACUGUCAAAUGGCUGCAGAAGAUGAAGCAGUUGAAGGCGAUAUAUCCGGAAAAGUCAGUGUACACGCAGCAGGUUGGUCCAGGCUGCUGCUUCGGUGCACUCGCUCUGAUGCUGCGUUUCUACUUUCAGGAGUGGGACUACGCCUACGUCCACAGCUUCUACCAUCUGUCUCUGGCCGUGUCCUUCGUCCUGCUGCUGCCAAAGAAAAACCGCUAUGCAGGAACGGGACAAAAAGCUUUUAAGCUCAGCUGGUGCACUCUCUGCUGCUGUACCAUGUCCCCUGGCACUUCCAAAGAGAAGACAGACAAGCCGAAAAAGAAGUCGUCUUGGACUGUGUGGACAGUCCCCACUGAGAAGCUGUGGACACGAGGCUGUAGCACCCCCACCCUGCCGCUUUACAACCCUCCACCCUCCACCCCUGUCAAAGGAACCAGCAUCAGCAAGCUUAAGGAGAUGAACGGCUGGAAGUGAAGCAUAAAACACAAAUGUCAGUCAGUCCAGUGUAGGAGGACUCGAUCCUGAAGAACAGGCACAGAUAGCGGUCAGCUGUGAGCGGGAAACGGGAAAACCACCAACUAACUGUCAGCCAAAUUCUGAUAAACUUAUGUGGCUGGGAAGUUA